AAAAUAAUGUAAUUAAUUAAUAAAUUUUUGAUAUGGAAUAAAAAUAAUUAUUUAUUCUAUAUCAUAAAAUAGAAGAUAUAGAAUAGUUAGUUAGUUAGAUUUUUUGUAUUUUACUAAAUUUCAAGAAAUUCUAACAUGAAAAUAGAAGGAUAUCUUAAUUAAUAAAAUACGUGUGAAUCCAACUUUUCCAUAGUAGUUAUUAAGAUUUGUUUAAGGUUAUUAAAAACAGGCUUAAGGAUUUCUUGUUAAAUCUUUAUAAUUUAAAUCAAAAAUUAAAAAAUAUAAAUAAGGGGUAUGAGCACAAAAAAAGAAAAGAAGACUUCAGAAACUAAGCAAAAAAAAUAAGAAGUAGAGGUUAAGGAAGAAAAGGAUGAAGAUUCAAUUAGCAUAUUGACUCAUCCUUUCACAACUUUCUAUUAUUUCUUUUUAGUUUUAGUCAGUUAUGUUAAAGUUGGCUUAUAGUUCGUUUUGAGGCACAUUAUUGUAAUUUCAGUUGUAUUGGCUGUGAUAAUUACUCCUAAUUUCAUUUAAGGACCUCAUUUAGAUUAUUACAGACAUGCUGAAAAGGUUGGCUACUUUAUGGCUUAUUGGAUUAUUUUAGGUGUAGCUUCUUCUAUUGGUCUUGGAACUGGAUUACAUACUUUUGUUCUCUACUUAGGACCCAGAAUUGCAAACAUUACAAUCAGAGCAUAUUAAUGCAAUGCUUUACCCGAAUUCGUUCCUAGCAAGUGGGACUAAUCAUAUCACUUUAGCCAUUGUCCAGAAAAUGUUGAGAAGCCUGUUUAGUUUUUGGAUAUUUUGUUGAGCGUUUAAUUCGAAGCAUUUUUAUGGGGUUUAGGAACUGCUCUUGGUGAAUUACCUCCUUACUUUAUCGCAAAAGCUGCUGCUGCAAGCAAGAAAAAGAUUGAAGAAUUAGAAGAUGUUGAGGCUCACAAGAAUGACAAGGACUUGAUGUCAGUAGCUAAAAGACUUAUUUACAACAAUCUACAAAAGUAUGCAUGGAUCACUGUUUUAUUAUGUGCUUCCAUUCCCAACCCCCUUUUUGAUCUUGCUGGUAUUUCUUGCGGUCAUUUUGGAGUACCCUUUAUGACUUUCUUCUCAGCUGUUGCUAUUGGCAAGUCAAUCAUCAAAGUUCAUAUUUAGAUGAUUUUCGUAAUUUUCAUUUUCUCACAAGGACAUGUUGAACACGCUUUACAAUUUAUCGAGAAUUUAAUUCCUUUCUUGAAAGGAAAACUUAGCGAUAUGCUAGAAAAACAAAAGAACAUUUUAGCUAAUGGAGCUGUCAGUGAAGGUGAAAAACCUUUGAUUGGGUAAUUGUGGGAUUACUUCAUUAUGCUUAUGAUUGGAUACUUCUUAAUUUCUAUUAUCAACUCUCUUGCCUAGGGAUACUAUGAAGACCUCAAGAACGAAAAGAAGCAAAAGGAAGAAAACAAAAAGAAAAAAGACAAUUGAAAAAUUUAAAGAUAUUUGUAUAUAAACUAAUAAAUUUUAUUUGUGUUUAAUUAAUCAACAGAUUAAAUAAUAUCUUGAUGCAAUUUGUUUGUUUUUUAUUUUAUGUGAUAAAAUUCCAAAAAUUAAUGAAUUUUUCAUGGUUUAG